AUGUCCUGCGGUCUCAUCGUACUUACUUUUCUCGGAACACUAUGGCACCGGCCAUCCUUCAUAUACGGUGACAGACCCUACAAGAUUGCUAGAGUGUCUAUGCUAUACGGCAACAAUUCGUUAUACGAACGAGCUCUGGAAUCACACACCCGCCAUGGAGAAAGAUGGGGAUAUCCCACCUAUAUCAAGCGACAAAACGAGUACUGCGGAUACUGGAACAAGCCGACCUUCAUGAUACAACAAGUGGCCCAGGAACUCGCAAAGCCAGAGCAUGAGCGAGCAGAAUGGUUGAUGUGGGUCGAUGCCGACUCCAUCAUCCUCAACCCAAACAUCCCAGCCCACAUCUUCCUCCCACCUAGAGAAUUCACCCAUAUCAAUAUCGUCGCAGCAAGAGACAUUCAAGGCCUGAACACUGGUGUCUUCUUCGUCCGCGUACACCCCUGGACAAUUUCCAUGUUUGUAGAUGGCAUGGCCUUCCCUCUCUGCAACCCCAAAGUCGAAUUGGGCAACGACGCCGAUCAAGCCGCCAUGGCACGCACAGUGCUCAAAUCUUCCGGUGGUCCAGAUGGUUAUGGCUUCAAGCGCGGAAUUGUCUAUCUGCCUAGAAACCUCUUCAAUGCUUACGAGCUUCCUGGAUACAUGAGAGACGGACGAACUGAUGUACUGAGAAACUUUACUGGAUUCGAGGAACCUCAUGCGUUCGAGGGUAAAAAGGGAGAUUUCAUCGUCCAUCUUCCCGGUCUCUUCGGCGAUCGUGAGCCUCUAAUGACAGAUUGGCUCGACAUGAUUGAGAAUCGCCAGGAAGACUGGGCUCUGCCUCUGGAAGAAACAACUUACGUCAAAGAAACCGCACAAUUUUGGAAAAUGUAUGGAGAAGCUGUUGCUACCCUCAGAGAAGCCUUUAAACGAGAGGAUACUGGCAAAGAGGUCGUCGACGCGAUCAGGCAGCUCAGAAUCGCUUUGAGCGAGGAAGCCGACGAUGCAAACAGGAUUGCGGAAUACACGAAUGAGCUGAAAGAAUUGCUUCAUCCGACAGCACUAUUUGAUGAUGAAUGA